AUGAGGUUCAUCUACAGGUGUUUGUGUUUCGCCUCUGUGCUGAAGAUCGUGUUGCCGGCACCGGCGAAUGGGUUCGUCUUCCCUGACGAUAGGAGGCAACAAAAGAAACUAGAACCAGUGAUCACACCACCAGUUCUACCCGUUUUAGAACAUUUGGAGCGUGAUCCUAGUACACUAUUACCAAGCGAACGGAAACCUAGUCAAUUCAAACCGAGAUUUGGUUUUGGUGGAGGUUUCAAUGUGGCUCCGUCUGGAACCGGGGGGCUUACAGCGAGUAUUAGUAGCAGCGGUAAUGGAGGUGGAGCCAGUCAUUCAGCAUCGCAGUCCUUCUCUUUCGGAUUCAACGAAGGCUUCAGUGCAUCACACUCCGCAAGCCAAGCUUCAUCGUUUAAUGGUUUUGGAAGUGGUUUCAGCGGCAGUCAAGCGAGUAGCCAAGCUGCCUCAUUCGCUGGCUCCGGACAGUCCGUCUCAGGAGCUGCUUCGUCUGCAUCAGCAAUAGGCGGCUUUGGAGGAAACUUCGGCAGUCAAAGCCAAAGCGCUUCAUCAGCUUUCGGUUUUAAUUCACUGAACGGAUUCCAACAGCCUAACGUCUUCGGAGACGGGCUCCUGGACAUCAGGCACAGAGGCGCGCCGAACUUCCCUCAAUUUCCUACAUUUACCGGAAGAAGCAAAGGAAUAGGCGCAGCAGCCUUCAGGACGGGGAAGACCGAUGGUCCUUCUAUAAGAAGUGGAGACGAUUUCUUAGCUGUACUUGUGUCUAACUAA